AUGGCCCGAACGUUCUGGUUGAAGCACCUCCAGCGGUACCGAAAUCAGUACCUGGCCUCACUGUCGGCGACCGUAGGCAUCUUUAUGGUGGUAUGCACCAGUUCCUGGUCAUCGCCGGCUCUGCCGAAGUUGUUGACAGAGCCGAAACCAUCGGUCUCGAUUACGCCCGACGACGGUUCCUGGAUUGUGUCGAUUGCGGCAAUCGGCGCCAUUCCCGGGAUGCUAAUUGCCGGCCUGACGGUUGAUCGGGUUGGCCGCAAGUGGCCAUUGGUGUGCAGCGCUGCGCCGGUGAUUGCCGGCUGGGUCCUGGUGGCCACGGCCCGGUCCGUGAUUCUGCUGUACGUUGCCCGGUUCCUGUGGGGUGUAUCGUACGGUAUCGCGUACGCCAUCGUUCCCAUCUACCUCGGAGAGAUCGCCUCGGACGAGAUCCGGGGAGCCGUCGGAUCGUUCGUCACGGCGAUGGCCAAACUGGCUAUCCUGUUCGAGUACGCCAUUGGGCCGUAUGUCAGCUUCGAAGCCUUGGCGUGGAUUUCUCUGCUCGGGGUGGUCGUGUUCUUGGUCACCUUCGUCUGGAUGCCGGAAUCUCCACACUACCUCCUCGACCGGGGCCGUUUGGAUGAGGCCCGGUCCGGACUCCAGUGGCUACGACGCCGCGGCGAUGUGGAAGAAGAACUGGCUGCCACUAAGAAGUCCAUCGAGCGUACGAUUAGUGAGCGAGCUGGGUUUAGGGACCUGUUCGUGGCGACCUACCGGAAUCAUCUCAUCAUCGUGCUAAUUCUGGCACUGGGAAUGCAGCUCACCGGUAGCCACGCUAUCCUCGGCUACGCGCAGACCAUCUUCGGCAAGAUCUCCAGCGAUCUCACUCCGGCCGAGAUGUCAAUCAUCCUCGGUGUCGUCCAAUUUUUUACCGUGCUCUUUCCCAUCUUCCUGGUGGACCGUUUCGGACGCCGUCCCAUGAUGCUCUGGUCCACGGCGGGCAGCACGCUCGGACUGCUCCUGUGCGCCAUCUACUUUACGCUGGAUGCCACCGACGUAGCGGUCGAGCCGUACGGUUGGGUUCCGUUCGUCGGACUGCUGCUUUUCGUGGUAAUGUACGCGUUCGGACUGGCGACGGUGCCAUUCACGAUACUGAGUGAAAUCUUUCCGAAGAACAUCCGAGCGGCCGCCAAUGCCACCCAGGGUAUUGUGAGUGCCAUCCUUAUCUUCGGUCUGGUGAAACUAUUUCAAGUGGCUCUCGACAACGUGGGAGCAUAUCUGCCGUUCUGGGUGUUCACCCUGUGCACCGCGGUCACUCUGGGCCUCGUGUUUCUCUUCAUUCCGGAAACGAAGGGCCGCACGCUGGAUGAAGUGCACGCAGUAAUUGCCGGCGUGCGGUCGCCACCAAUCAAAACUCCUCUGUAA